GCAUUUAACGUAGCCAAGUUUAAUAAUCAAUAAACGAGCUAACUUUUGAGGAAAACAAAAUCCACUUCUAGAGAAAAUGUGUGUCACUGUUAAAUUUUUUUUUUCAAACCAUAUAUAUGAUGUUUUAGAAACUUAGAAAAUCCUUGGAAAAUGCAAUUCCUGAAACUUAGACUUGCUCAAGUCAAGUGAUCAAGUCGUCUCUGUGGCAAAAAAGAUAAUAACAUACUAUGCUUCUCAAUUGUGAAUGUCUCACUAGUUUGGAGCUUCUGCGAGUUCCUUGCUUUUUCCUUCAAAGUUGAGACUUCUGACACUCCACUCCUCAGUUUUGGCAUGAUUGUAGCAUAUAUCAAGAAUCUCUAUCUUGGGAAGAAGAGAUGCAAUUUGCGGGUGCAAUAGUUUCAACUUCUGGGAUAUAGAAGGAGUUUUGUUUACACUGUUUGAGUAGAGAAUUCAGUAUAGAGUUUUCAAUAUGGUAGGAUUGGAACUCAUACCCAUAGGUACAAUUUUGACUGUGGUAACCAACCAGGUCUUGAAAACAGCUCACGCAGCAUCUGAUGUUCUUAUUGGCAAAGAAGGUUUUAAGGCCCUUUCAAAAUAUCUAUUUGAUAUUGAGCCAGUGCUAAAGGAAUUACAGCUUCAAGAACUGAAUGAGUCUCAAGCCGCUAGAGUUGCGCUGGAGUCUCUUGAAGCAGAUGUUAAAAAGGCAAAUAAUUUGGUUGAGAAGUAUGGGAACCGUGGCCGUUUUUUCUUACUGGUUAAGUGCCGAUCCAUAGUUCAGGAGGUUGAACAAGUCACAAGGGAUAUUGGAAAGUCUCUGGCUGCGUUGUCUAUUGCAAAUACUGAAGUCCUAUCAAGAAUUUCUGAUCAGGUCAAUAGACUAAAGAAUGAGAUGCAAAUGGUGGAGUUUGAGGCUUCACAAGCUCAGCUUCAAAUUGUUGACAAGUUGAACCAGGGACUAAGAGAACAGAAACAUGAUCAGGCCUUUGCAAAUGACAUGCUAGAGGAGAUAGCAAGGGCAGUUGGGGUGCCAGUGGAACCCUCAGAGAUAAGCAAAGAGUUGGCCAGCAUUAGGAGGGAAAAAGAAGAAGCUGCCAACAGGAAAGAAAGAGCUGAAUGUAUUUUUUUGGAGCAGAUCAUUCAGUUACUAUCUCGAGCCGAUGCAGCGAGGGAUUAUGAAGAAGUGGAGAGGCAAUACUUUGAAAGGGUUAAGGUGAUAGAGAGAUAUGAUUCUAGGGAAAAAUACAUCCCACCACUUAAUCCUUUCCUUUGUUCCAUAACUGAAGCUGUUAUGGUAGAUCCCGUCAGCCUUUGCACUGGUACUACAUGUGAGAGAUCUGCCAUUGAAGCUUGGCUUUAUGAUGGCAAAAGGAUAGACCCAGCAACCAAGGAGGUUCUUGAAGAUACUACCUUGAGGUCUAACAUUCCACUACGACAAUCCAUUGAAGAGUGGAGAGAACUUAAUUACUGUCUCAUAAUAAGGUCUAUCAGGGAAAAUUUAUUAUCCAAUUUAGACCUGCAAGAAUCCUUAAGCCAAAUGCAGGCUCUAAUAAGAGAGAAUUCUAUUAACAAGGAUUGGAUUUCUAUAGGAGAGCUUACUGAUAUUGUUAUCUCUAUCCUUGGGAGCUCUUAUGACAAAGAUGUGACAACGAAGAUUUUGAUUGCUUUGAAGGAUGUUGUAGAAGGGCACGCGAGAAACAAGGAGAAAGUGGCUGAAUCUCAAGGAUGGGAUCAUAUUAUUUCCUGCCUGGGGAGUGACUCUAGCAUUUCAAAGGCAGCAAUUGAUCUGCUAUAUGAGCUGCUUCAAGAACGAUCUGGUUGGAAUAAAUGUUUCUGCAAAAAACUUUCUGAAAAUCGCACUGCAGUUCGUUUCCUUAUCACCAUUCUAAAGAAUACUAUCAACGAUUCUGCUGAGGUUGCAGAAAAGAUUUUACUGGAGCUUUUUGAACAAAACCAGGAGACUAUCACUACUGCUGCUAAUUUUGGCUGGUAUAGACCACUUGUUGAUUGCAUGAUUCGAGGACCAGAUUCGAGAAUGUUGAUGGUAAAAGCCAUAGUGAAUUUGGAGUUGAAUGAUUUAAACUUGAAACUCCUUGGUGAGGAAGGAAGUAUACCACCUUUGCUGGAAAUGCUGUCGGGCGGUAUUGAAUCAAAAAACUUGUCAUUAUCAGCCCUGGUUAAACUAGCAGGAUCUCAUGCCAAUAAGGGAAUUAUUGCUGCAUCUGGAGGUGUUCCUCUUAUUCUAGAUUUAAUGUUCUCUCCUCCCACAAGGACAGUCAUUAUCAUUAAAUGCGCUGAAAUCCUUGAGAAGCUUUCUUCUGAUGGUUAUGGAAUUGAUUUCUUUGUUGAUGGAGAUGGGAAACAACUUGAGUUAGAUUCCAUCAUCACUAAUUUGCUAGCCUUGCAGCAGAAUUCCAACUCAGGUCACAACUUCCGUAAGCCUGCACUUCGUGCUCUUCUUGGCAUUUGCAAGUUUGAGACUGGUUUGGUUAAGAAAGCAAUUCUUGCAGCCAAUGGUGUAUCUUUAAUUCUUCCACUUCUUGAUGAUUCUGACUCAGAAAUCCGGGAGACUGCCAUAAACCUUCUCUUUCUUUUCUCUCAACAUGAGCCAGAAGGAAUAGUUGAAUACCUCUUCAGGCCCAGAAGGCUGGAAGCUUUGAUUGGAUUUCUUGAGAAUGAAGACAACGACAAUGUACGGAUGGCUGCUGCUGGUUUACUAGCUAACCUGCCAAAAUCAGAACGAGAACUCACUAUGAAGCUGAUUGACUUGGGUGGACUUGAUGCAAUCAUAAGCAUUUUGAAAACGGGCAAGAUGGAAGCAAAAGAAAACGCUCUCAGUGCACUCUUCAGGUUCACAGACCCCACAAAUAUUGAGUCACAGCGUGACUUGGUUAAACGCGGAAUAUAUCCUAUGCUUGUCAAUUUUCUUAAUACUGGUUCAGUCACUGCAAAGGCAAGAGCAGCAGCUUUCAUUGGUGACCUUUCUAUGAGCACUCCAAAGCUCACAGUUAUUUCCAAACCAACUGGUUGCUGUUUUCUCAGAUCAUCACGUGUUCCUCUAUGUUCAGCUCAUGGGAGUGUAUGUAGUGUGAGUACCACAUUUUGUUUGUUGGAAGCAAAUGCAUUGCCUGGCUUGAUAAAGCUGUUACAUGGGGAGGUUCAUGCAACUGCUUAUGAAGCAAUACAGACACUUUCUACAUUGGUUUUGGAAGACUUUCCUCAAAGAGGAGCUCGUGUCUUGCAUGAUUCAAAUGCAAUAAGACCCCUAUUGGAUAUAUUGAAUUGGGGAACUGAUUCUCUCAAGGCAGAAGUUCUAGGACUAUUGGAGAGGGUGUUUGUGUCAAGGGAAAUGGUAGACUACUAUGGAACAACUGCUAGAUCACGCUUAAUUGGUCUCACUGGCAUGAAUAUAUAUGGGGAUGGUCACCUCAGGAGAAAAGCUGCCAAGGUACUAUCAUUGCUUGAACGCUAUUCAAAGUCAUCAUCAUCUGCAAUCUCUGGAGUUCUGGAGUGAAAUUCUAGUCCCUUAAGUAGUAACUAUUUGCUUCAACUCUAUUCUAAUUAACUUUCUCGAUUUAUAUAUAGGGUUCCUCUUGAAAUUCAAAUCAAUUAUCUGUAUUUUGCUCUCUUUGUAUUUUCUCACCUUUUUCGGUAUUAUUCUUUGUUAGUUAAAAAUCCAAUUUACUGUGUUAAAUUAAAUCAGGAGUAGUUUUGCUCAACUUGUACUGUGUAUGUAGGUUUCCAAACUUUUAAAAGUGUAACUCAUUUAAUUGCCGCAUCUAUUGCUGCCAUAUGUUGAAAAUUUCAGUCUGGGUUUAUAAAAGAUUGACUUAUG